GUGUGUGUGUGUGUGUGUGUGUGUGUGUGUGUGUGUGUGUGUGUGUGUGUGUGUGUGUGUGUGUGUGUGUGUGCAUCAGGGGGUGGGUGCAUUAGUCCGUGUCAGACAGCAAAGAGUGCCGCAGUUAUCUAGGAAUCUGAGCCAAAGCAACUUCACUAACAAGAGAGAGAGCUUGAGAAAGAGAGGAGGACCGGGAGUGAGAUGAACUGAGAGGUAAAAAUAAAAGGAAGAAGAAGAGGAUGAAAGAAGCACAAAGACUAGAAAACAAAACAGACGAAGCCAACAUUAGAAAGAUCUGAACAAAAAGGACAGGUCAGCAAAGACUUUCCACCAGAAGAGGCAGAGAUAUAAAGGAAAGUGAAGCGAAAGUUUGAGAAUCGUCAAUAACAAAAGGACAAACAGCUUCUGACUCGGGGUAAGGAGGGUUUCAUCCUUGAGGAAAACGUGGACCACUGCUCAAGAGUUUAGGACAAAGGUCAGGAAAAUCUUGCAUUUCUGCAUUUUCCCAUGAUUCCAUUCGGUUCCCUCUGUUUGCUCCUUCUGCUGUCACUGUAUGUGGGAGCACUGCUGUCCUCAGAUGCAUCUCCAGCCUGCACACACCCUCCCUGCAGGGACAAUCUGGUGGCUGCACCCAUCCAGCCUGGUAUGGGAGCAGGAGUGGGUACCGGAGCCUGCGAGGGUCAAACCGGGACAACAGCCUGCAGGAUGGGAGUCUCACUUCCAGCCAUCUCAGAUGUUCCUCGGAGGGUGGAGCACCGGCACGAUUUCCCCCAAGUUCAGCCUAAGACUGGAGCCGUCAAAGAGCGUCUCGUUCAGCUGCAGCGCUGCAUGCACUCUCUCCAGGAAACUGGGGGCCCCUGGAGUCACGGGGGCCAGGAGAGCAACUCUCUAGGGGCCAUCCUUGCCCUAAUGGCAGCUGUACUGACAGAGUGUGACCUCCACUGUCACAGCCAGGCCCUUGGGGCGAUGGCCAAACGUCUGGAGAGUGCAGCUGUGGGUAGAGAGGGGGAGAAAGACUUGCUCCUUUUCCUGAAAAGCAUCACACAAUAUCCACCCACAGUUGCCCCCUUGGAGAGGUUACAUCCUCAGGACUGUGCAGAGAUUUACAAGCUUGGGAUCAAAGAGAAUGGAAUCUACACCAUCCAGCCUGACCUGCACAGGCCAGCAUUGGAGGCUAAAUGUGACAUGGAGACAGCGGGUGGUGGAUGGACGGUGAUCCAGAAUCGGCAGGAUGGCUCGCUAGACUUUAACAGGACAUGGCAGGAAUACCGGGAGGGCUUUGGUAGUCUGCAGGGAGAGCACUGGCUGGGGAACGCAGCGCUGUACGCCCUCACUGCCACUGGCCAACACCAACUCCGUAUCGAGCUGGAGGACUGGCACCAGCAGAAGCGCCAUGCUACCUACAACAACUUCAAAGUGGCCUCAGAGGCACAGAGAUAUCGUCUGACGGCGCGGGAGUACUCUGGCGAUGCAGGCAAUGCUUUGAGCUACAGCAAACGUUACAACCACGAUGGCAGAUCCUUCAGCACUGCUGACCGAGACCAUGACCGCUAUGCAGCUGGGAACUGUGGUCAGUACUACGGUGCAGGCUGGUGGUUUGAUGCCUGCCUGGCAGCUAAUCUGAAUGGAAGGUAUUACCGUGGGCGCUACAGUGGAGUGACCAAUGGUAUAUACUGGGGUACAUGGUACAUCCUGACGGAUGGACGAACAGGAGAACGCUACUCCUUCAAGAGGGUGGAGAUGAAGACAAGACCCAGGAACUUUGUAGGAACAUCCUAAAAAUAACAAUGACAAUUCUCACAGGAACAUGUGCUCUAGGCUACUUCAAUAAUACUUGUGCUAGAUAGUUUUGCAUUUUGUGUACAUCACUCUGCUUAGAGCAGCUUUCAUAUCACUUAACUAUGUGUUAUGUGCAGAGGGCAGCUAAUAGAUGAAAUAUAUUGUCUAAACAUUCACUAGCACUCCAUAUUACAAUAUUAUUUUGUUUAUUUAUGGGGCUCUUCUCUAUAAACCACAUAUGCUAUUAUUCCAUUACAGUGAAACAAAGAAAUAGAUAUUGAAAAUACUGUUUGUAGAAGUCUCCAGACUCUUUAUUGUACAUUAAAAACAACAUUCUGUGGUAUUUUAA